GGGCGCGCAGAGGAAGGAAGAGCGGCGAGGAGGCGGAGCCCGCGAGACGCGCGGGCGGGCGCUCUGCGCAACUUUUUAGUUUGGGCGUCUGGGGCCGAAGUUUCUGUCUCAGUCGGGACGCCGCCGCGGCCGGGGCGAAGAAAGGGAGGAAGGAAGGAGCUCGGGGAGGGCAGGGAAGGCUCGGCGGCCUCGGGCACGGAGUGCAGGGCGAUGCGGGCGCGCGACGCAGCCCCCCGAGCCUGAGCGCAGCGCCCCAGCGUCGAGCGAGGCCGCAGCCAUGGAGCCCGCGCAGCAGCCGCCGCCCCAGCCAGCCCCGCAAGGCCCCGCGCCGUCGUCGGCGCCCGGGCCUGCGGCGGGGACCCCCACGGCCCCGCCCGCGCCCCCGGCUGGCCAUCAGGUCGUGCACGUCCGCGGAGACUCGGAGACCGACCUGGAGGCGCUCUUCAACGCCGUCAUGAACCCCAAGACGGCCAACGUGCCUCAGACCGUGCCCAUGCGGCUGCGCAAGCUGCCCGACUCCUUCUUCAAGCCACCCGAGCCCAAGUCCCACUCGCGACAGGCCAGCACCGAUGCGGGCACUGCAGGAGCUCUGACCCCACAGCACGUGCGAGCUCACUCCUCUCCAGCAUCCCUGCAGCUGGGAGCAGUUUCUCCUGGGACACUCACACCCACCGUGGUCCCUGGCCCAGCCGCUACCCCUGCAGCACAACAUCUCCGACAGUCUUCCUUUGAGAUUCCAGAUGAUGUACCGCUGCCAGCAGGCUGGGAGAUGGCCAAGACAUCUUCUGGUCAGAGAUACUUCUUAAAUCACAUCGAUCAGACAACAACAUGGCAGGACCCCCGGAAGGCCAUGCUCUCGCAACUGAACGUCCCUGCGCCUGCCAGCCCGGCCGUGCCCCAGACCCUGAUGAACUCCGCCUCAGGACCUCUUCCUGAUGGAUGGGAGCAAGCCAUGACUCAGGAUGGAGAUGUUUACUACAUAAACCAUAAGAACAAGACCACGUCCUGGCUGGACCCAAGGCUUGACCCUCGUUUUGGUAAAGCCAUGAACCAGAGAAUCACUCAGAGUGCUCCAGUGAAGCAGCCGCCACCCUUGGCUCCCCAGAGCCCACAGGGAGGCGUCCUGGGUGGGGGCAACUCCAACCAGCAGCAGCAGAUGCAGCUGCAGCAGCUGCAGAUGGAGAAGGAGAGACUGCGGUUGAAGCAGCAAGAAUUACUGCGGCAGGUGAGGCCACAGGCAAUACGGAAUAUCAAUCCCAGCACAGCAAAUGCUCCAAAAUGUCAGGAAUUAGCUCUCCGAAGCCAGUUGCCCACACUGGAGCAGGAUGGAGGAACUCAGAAUGCCGUGUCUUCUCCUGGGAUGUCUCAGGAAUUGAGAACAAUGACAACCAAUAGUUCAGAUCCCUUCCUUAACAGUGGCACCUAUCACUCUAGAGAUGAGAGCACGGACAGUGGCCUCAGCAUGAGCAGCUACAGUGUCCCUCGGACCCCAGAUGACUUCCUGAACAGUGUUGAUGAAAUGGAUACAGGUGACACUAUCAACCAGAGCACCCUGCCUUCGCAGCAGAGUCGUUUCCCAGACUACCUUGAAGCCAUCCCUGGGACAAAUGUGGACCUUGGGACCCUGGAAGGAGACGCCAUGAACAUAGAAGGGGAGGAGCUGAUGCCCAGCCUGCAGGAAGCACUGAGUUCCGACAUCCUCAAUGACAUGGAGUCUGUGUUGGCCGCCACCAAGCUAGACAAAGAAAGCUUUCUCACAUGGUUAUAGAGCUGCCGGGCAUCCGCCUCCCAGUCUGUGACGGAUCCACAGAGCCGAAGACGUGCAUCCCUGAAAUUCAGAUAAGCCAGUGGGCAAGUCUCUGGCUGAUACAGGAAACAGAUGAACGCGUGUCCAGCAGGGAUCUUCAUCCGCUGUUCUGCUCGCCUCCGCCCAUCGCUGCUGUUCAUGUUGCUGACCUCUUCACAGCAGACCCUCAAGAGUCAGAACCACAAAACAACAGACCCUUUCGUUUCUCUUGCUAUGGUAACUACUGUUCUUCGGGGUUGCUGGCAAAUACCCUGUUUGGAUGACGGAUGGUCUUCCUUUUGGCCAGGGGUGUCUUUACCCAUCACUUCAGCUGGACACUCGGACUGGGGACUCAAAUGCUUCACGUCAGAGUGUUUGUUCAAGAGCUGGUUGCUUCAGUUGCCUUUGGCCCUCUGGUCCAACAAGCCAAAAAGCACGGCAUCUGACCUUACAUCUGACCUUAAGUACUCAGUGCUGAUCGGGAGGGCUCGAAGACUGCUGGGCUUUUUGUUUCUUCUGGUGACACCAUUAGUCACGUGGUGACCCGGAUUUUAUUUUAGAAGCUUAUAAGGCAUGAGACAGUUUCCAUAGACAUAUAUUAAUUAUUGCCACAUACUCUAGGCUAGGUUUGAGUGGUGUUUUUUUUGUUUUGUUUUGUUUUUUUUUUUGUGGGUGCUGGUUGGUUUUUCUUUUUCUUUUUUUCUUUUCUUUUUUUUUUUUAGGUGAUUGAUUUUGUUGAAAUGUAGGCAAAUUAGUGAAGUUGUUUAUAGGUGUAGCCUGGGUGGACAAUAUUGUUCUUUUGUGGGGGAAAUCUGUAUUUCCUGGCUUUUUACCAUUCUAUUUAAAUCUUGGUUAUCUUCUUUCUACAUAUGUACACACACUUAUGAUGUCUAUGGUAGUGUGAUAGCAGAAUGUAUCUAAGGUUCCCCUCCUCAGUUUAUUUUUUAAAUGGUAGCCUUGAACAUAUGCAUUUAGAAUACAUGACUAGUAGUUUAUGUUUCACAAAUAGUUUAAAUUCUGGUUGGGGCAACCUGCAGGUGUUUUGAGGUAGGGCAGUGUUCUAGAAAGGGCUCUUGUUGUGGGUGAAGCCUAGAGGCGCUCUCUUGCCCUCUAUACACUUUGGUGACUUGGACAGAAUAAACAAGUGGCCUCACUCCCCCUUGGACCAAUUCAUCUUGGACAGUCACUGAGCAGGAGUGAGCUUUAGAGGCAGGCCUUCCUUUUGCCUUCGCCUCAGUUUGGGACGCAAGCAUGGGUACUUGAGUUCUCGUUUGUAGUGAACACAAUGAAGACCAGACUAAACGUUACCUACAGGAUCAUUCUUACAAACCCUGCUCACACUUUCCUGCUGAAUGGACCCUGGGGGAGUGUGUAGAACGCUGUGAGGUCAUGAGUCGGCUGGUAAAGUGGUCAGACUAGUGAAUGUGUGGGGUAGUUGAACUUAGCAAAGAGCUAAAGAUAAGCAUGAUUAUGCCUUUAUUUUUACAAGAAGAGAGAUUGCUAGAGUAUGUGUCUCCAGGAGUAAUGAUGGUUUCCAAAGAGUAUUUUUUAAAGGAACAAAUAAGCAUGAAUUAACUCUUCAAUAUAAGCUAUGAAGUAGUAGUUGGUUAUGAAUUGUAGUGGCAUCAGCUAGCACCGCUGUCAUUUAAGGGUCUUUGGAUGCUUUUAGAAGAAUCCCUUAUUUUCAAGGGUUUUUAAUGAACAAACAAAUUCUUUCCCUGGCUAAAGCUGCUAUGAAAAGCCUCAGCUUAGGAAGGCAAAAAUCUGUUGGCCCUUUGUUUUAGUGGAGUGUAAGAAUGGAAGUAGAAAAGUUUUAUUCAGUACUUGGAGUGCUCAAAAAAAUGCAAUCAGUGUACUAUAUAUGAUGAUUCAUAGUCAGAAUCCGUGUAUUAUACAUGAUGAUUCAUAGUCAUUUGUAGCCAUCGACUCUAAGGCUUUUACUAAGAAACUAGCUGAAGACUCACCCUUGAAUUAGGUCUGGGGAAACGGCCACCAGGAGGAUGCAUUGACUUUAGAACAGAAAUGGAAUUCCACUCUAAUUCAGAACUGAGCAGCGGGAUGAUAGACAGCAGUGUGUGGUGAGUGUGCAGACCAUAGGGCACUGGUGAGUGCCUACCAUUUGCCAGUAAGCCACAGAGUCAGACCGCAUCCUCUGUGGGCAGACUAGCUUUAGUGUGGGGGAGGGUGGGAAGGUGGGCGUGGGCUGGUGAAGGUAGUGGGGCGUGAUAGCAAAGCUUUCAUAACUUCUUUCUCUUCAACAAAGACUGAGCUCGCCUCUUGCUGUCAGUAAAGAAGUUGUUCCUAAACUUUGCAUCGCUGAAGCUCACCCACACAGUGAGAUGUGCUGUCUUCCCCCUCCCUCGGGAACAUUUGCCUGCAAUACCUCAGUGUCCAGCGGCCCUCGGUGCCUGACAACUCUGACCUUAUCAAACCCUUGUGCUGACUGCGGGGGACCUGAGCUCCCUUCCCUGAAUCACGGCCUCGAUGUAGUCUUCCUUGUGUCCUCCCUAAUGUAAAAGUGGUUAAUGCUUCCUGGCUGUAGUGGGUAGCAUGCGGAUAAGAAUUUAACUGGUUAUUCUUGAAUUUCUUUUACAAUAAACCAAUUUUUAUAAUCUUAAA